AUGUCCAAUCUAGCGCCCAUUAUAUGCGAUAAUGGGACCGGGUACUCGAAAAUAGGGUUUGCCGGAAAUUCUGAUCCUUCCUUUGUAUUCCCGACAGCGAUUGCCACUCGCGGUACUGUUGCUCAAUCGUCUCGUGCACCAGCUGUUCCUUCCAAACCUGGCCAUCUUGCAUCCAAGCGUGGUGUUGAAGACCUUGACUUCUUCAUCGGUGACGAAGCUCUAGCAAAUGCAAAGACGCCCGGAUACAGUGUCCACUACCCCAUCCGUCAUGGAAUGAUAGACAACUGGGAUUAUAUGGAGCGUUACUGGGAGCAGACCAUCUUCAAAUAUCUCAGGGCAGAACCAGAAGACCAUCAUUUCCUCCUAACUGAACCGCCGCUCAAUGCUCCAGAAAAUCGCGAACAAACUGCCGAGAUCUUCUUUGAAUCAUUCAACAUCAAGGGCCUGUAUAUCGCCGUGCAGGCCGUGCUUGCCCUCGCCGCGUCCUGGACGUCCAACCGAGUCACAGACCGUACACUUACCGGAACCGUCAUUGACUCCGGUGAUGGCGUUACUCACGUUAUUCCCUGUGCAGAAGGAUACGUCAUCGGAAGUGCUAUCAAGCAUAUCCCCAUUGCAGGAAGGGACAUUUCACAGUUCGUGUUGAACCUCCUUCGGGAGCGAGGCGAGAUGGCUACCGUCCCUCCGGAGGAUCAGCUUAAAGUAGCAGGAAAGGUGAAAGAGUCGUUCAGCUACGUGUGCCAAGAUAUCGUAAAGGAGUUCCGGAAGUACGACGUCGAGCCAUACAAUGUUACCGGAAGGAAAUAUGGCAUCGAUGUUGGUUAUGAACGUUUCCUUGCGCCAGAGAUUUUCUUCAACCCUGAGAUAUACUCUUCGGACUUUUUGACUCCCUUACCGGAGAUCGUCGACGAUGUUAUCCAACAAUCUCCCAUCGACGUUCGUCGAGGCUUAUACAAGAAUAUUGUAUUGUCCGGUGGAUCGACGAUGUUCCAGCACUUUGGAAACCGUUUGAAGCGUGAUCUGAAACUACUCGUCGAUCGGCGCUUGGAUGCGAGCGUCCUUGCUAGCGGGAGUGCUUUGAAGUCUUCUGGAGUGGAAGUCGAUGUUAUCUCUCACAAACGACAGAGGUAUGCUGUAUGGUUUGGUGGCUCUCUACUGGCAUCUUUGCCCGAGUUCUACACCUCUUGUCAUACCAAGGCGCAGUAUGAUGAGAUUGGACCAAGCAUUUGCAGGAGAUACCAAAUUUUCGGAACAGCUACAUGA